CGCCUUCGUGGGAGCUCUCCUGUGACGUCGGGAAAGGUGAACUCCCCCACCACCCCCUCCCUGCGGCCAAAAUGUGAUCCUGGGUCAGCAACUCGCCACACAAGCUGUGCUGAAGCCCCAGCAGUGCGUGGUGUCGGAGACUGUCGCAGUCGAAGCACAGUCCGCCAGGAGUUUCAAACGUGGACGUUUGUCUUUCGGGCUGUUGCGGGACACGAAGCGGAGGCGAGGAGAGCUCAGACCGGUCAUGGCAAAGAAGUCAACCCCAGGCUGGUUUGGAGCUUUUCUCUCUACAACGACCAUAGUCAGUCUUGUUGGAAGUCCGGUCCGGGCCCAGUAUUCGAGGAUCCGGUUUCACCGAACAACCCGGACCUCAGAGCCUCUUGUGAUACCGGGCCGUGUUUCAAGGGUUUAUCUGAGCCCGGAUCAGCUCAGACAGCUGCACUUCAGGCCCACCACAGGCUCCAUCCAGCUAUCAGAGGGCCAUGAGGCUAAGUUCAACUGCUCAAUCGACAUCCCCGAUGCCAGGGUGGAGCCCACCAUCAUCUGGGUGAAGAACGGCCAGGACCUGGCAGCAAACGUUCAAACGGUGGUGAUCAACGAGCUCCAGACAAUCACAGACGGGGUCACAACUCUCCUCUCCACUGCCAGCAUUAAAAAUGUGCAGAGAGCGGAUGCUGGGGAGUAUUGCUGCAGGCUGAGUAUCGGCACCACGAUGGUAGAGUCUCAGCCAAUCAUCGUUGAGGUGGAUGGUCUACCGACAUUUAUCCAUCAACCCGAGGACAGGAACGUAACAAGAGACACACCUUUCACGCUAUCAUGUGAGGCGGUGGGACCUCCAGACCCUGUUCGAAUCCUCUGGUUCCGUGAUGGAUUGCCUGUUGAUGAUGAUCAUGACUCUGCCAGCAACUACUCUGUGUCAGGUGUGGACAAGCACACUCAGUUCAGCUGUGAAGCUUACAACGCAAAGGGAGUUGCCACCUCCAGAGAAGCAAAUAUCAACAUCAAAGUGCCUCCCAGUCCUGUGUCUAAUGUUACUGCAACGGCAAGUCAGUCCAAUAAGUUGAUGUUGAGCUGGAGCCCUGGUCACGAUGGCUUCUCUCCACUCACCAGAUGCCACAUCAGGGUUAAAGAGGUGAGUCGGCGGAAGGGGGAGGUGACGACCACCCGGUUCAUCAACGUCACAGUGCCGCCUUUCCAGUGUGAGGUCCCAGGGCUGCAGGCUAUGACGUCGUACAACAUGAGUGUUUCCUGCAGCAAUGACGUGGGAGCCUCUCCUGUCACCAUGUGGAUCCAGAGCAACACCACAGAGGGAGUGCCAUCAGUAUAUCCCCGAAAUGUCACAGUACAGCUGAACGGGUCCUGGCUGGUGGUCAGGUGGAAGCCUCCACCAGAUGAUAAGAUAAAUGGCAUCCUGCGUGGUUAUGAUGUUAUUGUCAGACAUGGCAUGCAAGAGAAAAAGAUCCACAGUUACACCACCACGGUCUCUGUACCUGUGCAGGAAUUCAACACAACCUACAUUGUGGAGGUGGCUGCAUGCACACAGGCAGGGAGCGGCAUGGUCAGCCCACGAGUCUGGCUGUUUGUGCCAGAGGACAAAUCAGUUGUGUCCCCAUCGUCCAGCCCUGACACCGGAGUUCCAGACUCUGUCUAUAUUGUGCUUGGCGUGGUGUGUGGCAUCUGUUUUCUGCUGAUUAUCCUCUGGGGGGGUAUCUGUGUACACAACAGGACUUCUGACUCCUGGUUUGGGCAGAUGUUUGGAGGUGGAGAAAAGCCGCACCUUAUCGUACAGUACCAACCCCAGAGAUCCUACAAUCGAUCAGCCAUCGGAGUCACACUUGGGAGCCUUGGUGUUAGUGAUGAACUCCAGGCCAAACUCCAGGACGUGAUGGUCAUGAGGAACUUGCUCUCGAUAGGGAAGGUUCUUGGAGAAGGUGAAUUUGGCUCCGUGGUGGAGGGACAUUUAAGAGAACCAGACGGAACAUCAGAAAAAGUUGCUGUGAAGACAAUGAAAUUGGACAGCUUCUCUCAAAGGGAGAUUGAAGAAUUCCUAAAUGAGGCGGCCUGCAUGAAAGAUUUCAACCAUCCUAAUGUCAUCAGACUGCUCGGUGUAUGCUUGGAAGUAGGCUCAGGACAUUUUCCCAAGCCCAUGGUCAUUCUGCCAUUCAUGAAAUAUGGAGAUCUGCAUAGCUUCCUCCUGCGCUCACGCCUAGGAGAGAGUCCAAUGUUCUUGCCCACUCAGACACUCCUGAAGUUCAUGGUUGACAUUGCUUUGGGUAUGGAGUAUCUCAGUGGGCGUAACUUUCUUCAUCGUGACCUGGCGGCUCGCAACUGCAUGCUACGUGAUGACAUGACAGUGUGUGUAGCAGACUUUGGGUUAUCUAAGAAGAUCUACAGUGGAGACUAUUACAGGCAAGGCCGGAUAGCCAAAAUGCCUGUAAAAUGGAUUGCAGUAGAGAGUCUGGCAGACAGAGUUUUCACUGUAAAAAGUGAUGUGUGGGCAUUUGGCAUUACCAUGUGGGAGAUUGCUACACGAGGCAUGACACCCUACCCUGGCAUCCCAAACCAUGAGAUUUAUGACUACCUUGUUGAAGGACACAGGCUGAAGCAACCAGCAGACUGUUUGGAUGAGCUAUAUGAGAUCAUGUACAGCUGCUGGAGGGCCGAUCCACUGGACCGACCCCUCUUUCCCCAACUGCGAGAAAUGUUGGAAAAGCUCACGGAAAAGCUCCCGGAGUCUUUCAGCAAGGACGAUAUCAUCUAUAUUAACACCAGCUUUCCUGAGGAGGACCCCGACGGGGAAACACUUCCUGCAGAACAUCCUGUGUUCAGCUCCUCCCCUUCCUGCAGCCAUCGGGCAGAAGAAAAUUCAGUAGUUACUGCGGACAUUCAUGGGAGCGUGGAGGAGGAGGAGGAGGAGGAGGAGGAGGAGGAGGAUGAUGAUGAUGAGGACGGUGAUCGUUAUGUGGUGGUGAUCUCCUCUGCUCCUUCCCUGAGAUCUCCUUCAGCGGACAUUCCUCUUUUGUCGAGUGACGCUUUAAGUUAAGCAAAUGGAGACAUGGUCACUGAUGUGACAGGCAUGGAUCACAGUUCAAGUGACACUUCUUUCCUGCUGUAACGAUUGGUACCCAGCAGAUUAAAACUAAAAAAGCUGUCACCUGGAUUCAUCAGUACUAAACAUUUUUCCUCGUUGCACUGGGAGCACCUUGACAUUUCCUGACGUGGACUUUCUAUAAUAUUGUUAUACAAACAGUUUAUGCUUUACAUGGACAGCCUAUAUGUCAGUGUUAGAAAUGUUGCCUAUGUGUGUCAACAUCAAACAUGUUCAUUCACUAUGUUCCAAUAAGCUUGAGAUACACUGAACUGUGAAACUCUUUACUGUAUUGAACUGUUGCUAUGUGUAUAUAUAGAAAUGUACAGAACAUUUAUAAAGUGACCUUGUAUACUGUAAAAAUAAAAGCUUUAUUGACUCAUUUGAGACUUGAUAAUUAAACUGGGAUAUAUUUUGCCAAGA